AUUUAUUUGUAUCAAGUUUCAAUACCAACUAUUCGAAUUGAAUAAACCUUUAAUGCACAGUUAUACAUUUAGAUUAUUGUUAGACUCUGUGUGUGUGGGCUGGCACCACUGUUGGGUUGUCGGCCCAUUAGGGUUAGGGUUUCCUGUGUCUCUAUAUAUUGUAGUCCACCUCUAUGCAAUACAAUCCACUUUACACUUCUACACCCGCGGCCAGGAUAGCGGCAGCAGCGCAGAGCAGGACCGGCGAAGAGGGGGAGGGAGCCCAUGGCGAGCACGGCGGCGGGCGAGGGUCACCGCCUCGGGGAGAUCGCGGCGAGCGAGGGGCACCUGCUGCUGCUGAAGCUGUGGCAGCGGGAGGAGGACCGCCUGGGCCGCCGCGCGUGCGCGCUGGAGGCGCACAUGGACGCGGCGCGUCGGGACGCCUUCUACCUCUGCGCGGCCUUCCUCGCCUUUCACGGCCUUUCCCUCGCGCUCCUCUUCGCCGCGUCCGUGGUCGCCGCGGCCACCACCUCCCCUUCUGCCGCGUGCAGGAGGUGGUGGGCGUCGUCGUCCCUGUCCCUGGCAGCGUCCCUCGCGCUCGCCGCGGCCGUGCAGCUCCUGGUGGGCGCCUACUGGCGCGCCGCGGCGCGGCUGUGCCGGGACCGCGGUGAUGCGCGCGCACUCGCGCGGGCCGUGCAGGAGCUGCGCUUGAAGGGCGCCGCGUUUGACCUGUCCAAGGAGCCGCGUCCCCUCAACGUCGGCCUUCCCCCUGCUCUUCCCAGCCCUUGGCCAGGGAGCGCCCAGGUCCGGCGACCUCCCAACUCCAUGGGCGCAGGGACCUCCUUCCUCCUCCAUCCAGCUCCCCCUCCUUUCUCCCAGCCGCUGGACCUCCCCUCCCCGCGGUCGCCCCUUUCCUGCAGCCCGGCGUCAUGGCCGCCCCUCCCCUCAUGCCGGCCAGCCCCUCCUCUUCCCUGGCUGCACGCAUGCCGCCUCACUGGCCGUGGGCGCCCCCCUUCCCCGGCCUCCCAAGCAGCGCCACUGGAUCCGUGCCCCCCUGUGUCUGCGUCGCUUGAUUCGUGA